AUGUGUUUCGAAUUAGUAACACACAGAACGGACUGCGAGACCCGUCGCAUAUCAACUCUAUCGGUUAAACAGCCGGAGUUCGCCUUCGACAUAUACCACCCGUUUGAAUGGCCGCCGAAUUGCCACCACUAUACCGAGGGGAGGAUAGGGGAUGUCUGCUGUAGCCAUGGCAACUGCUGCGAGCUGAGUUAUCGGGAAGUAUGUGUCUAUUGGGUUGGUCAUGGAGAAGGGAUCAUCAAAUGUCGAGGGUUCAAUAGGCGGCUUCACCUCGUUGUCCCCAGCAACGGUAGCAACGAUGAGGUUGACACCCAAUUUAGGGAUCCUGUCGACGACGCCGUUCGGUUGACUAAGGAGGAGGAGGAGCGUCUGUACCAGGCGCAGGUAGCAUACAUCGACGCGGGAGUGAGGGUGAGGACGGUCCUGGAGGACAGCGGAAGCGCGUGGAUCACGAACGUGAACCCGCCGUAUGAUUGGAGGACGAUCAUCAACACAGGGGCGAAUGGGCGUCUGCUUCUGCACUUUGACGCAGAGGAGAGAGGGUGGAAGAGGGUAUGCCCCACGCUGAAGAAGGAAGAGAAUCCGCUGCAGCCUGAGGUUAUGAAAGACACGGAGAGCCAGUAUCCAUACUGGUACAAGGUCUUCAAAGUGCCUCGGUCGGGUAAUGAGGGUCCCCCGAACGUUGGACCAGAUGGAUCCAGCAUCGGCCAAACCGCCUCUGCGCGAUCGUACGGGCAAUUUGCCUCUGCGCAAUGGUACGGCCAGCCAGCUCCUGCGCAAUCGUCAGCAUCAGGUGCCGGAGGGGACGGAGUGGCUGCUGCUGACAUGGUUGGGGGGCUAAUCAACCCUCCUGGGCGGGAUCAGAAUGGCCCGGUGGCCGAGCCAGUUGAUGAAUCACUUUUGUUGGGGUUUUUGUUCGAGUCUUCCGAAGAAUAUGUCCCGUAUUCUCCAUCAGAGGGACCAACCCGAAUAUUCAGUCGGAGUCCAGGGGAAGGGAACGACGCCGUACUUGAAGUGGAUGAUGAGCAGGGACCACCAGCAGCUCCUGCGGCUUUGGGCGGCUUGGCCCCGGCGGCUGUACUUGGAGAUGGGCUUGCAGGCGGAAAUGCUCAAGUGCCCUUCGGGGAAGUGUAUGGGCAAGUGUAUGGAGAGGCCCAGGCGGCGGUCCAGGCACUAGCGAACCCUCAGUGGUCUGUUGAGCAGUUGAGUGCCAUGAGAGAUGCGAUCGUUCAGCAGCCCGCAGAGACUGCCCCGGGUGUGAGAGUAGAGAACGACUUGGUUGGUAUUCCGGUCACAGGACUGGUGUGGCUUCCAGCCCAGGGAUUGUUGAGCCGAUCGAUAGGUGACGAGUAUUAUGCCGAGUUUCACCUUGACAACGUUGAUGGUCGCGGACACCAUAGAGAGGAAGAUGGGAUGUUACGACUGCCGGCACGCAUACUAGGGCGUCUGCUGAGCAAUGUACCAAGAGAUAUCCCACAGGCAAACCUCCCUCAGGUUCACCUCCCUCAGGCUCACCCCCUACAGGCUCACCCCCCUCAAAUUCACAUCCCACAGGCGAAUCUCCCACAGGCGAACAUCCGACCAGAGGACAUCCCAUGGCAAUCCGUUGAAGAUGAAAAUGGAGACGGGCCGCCAAUGUCACCCUUGACAGACCCUGAUGCCACUGGGGGUAGUGGUGAGGGGGGAAGCAGUACGAAUACAAACACCACCCGAAGGCCAAGUGAUGAGGGGGAUAGCAGUACAAAUACAAACACCACCCGAAGGCCAAGUGGUGAGGGGGAUAGCAGUACAAAUACAAACAUCACUCGACGGUCGGGUGGGAACCAGGGAAUUGACGAACCACCAUCCAUCCAUUCACCAAGUUAUGGGCCGUCGCCGUUACCAGAGCCAGGAAACGAGGCAAACAGGAGUCAGCACUCUGGCUCCCUCCCAUCCGCAAACCAUUCAAUUCUUCGGGAGGGGGGGAAUUCGCAAGAGGGGACCACCGAGCUCCUGUCGGACAUGUCGAACGGCGCGCUGCAAGAGCUGGAAAACGCUCUAGACGCGACCAGGAGCAGCGUGCCGCGCAAGACUCGGAAACGAGCAGCGGAGGAGGACCACGACGAGGUGGAAGAGGAACCGACCCCUCCACGGCCGACGGGAAGGCAGCCGGCGAAGAGGCGGCGCGUUGAAACGCCCGUCGAGGAGCCGGUCGAGGAACCUGUCGGUGAACCUCGGUAUAGAUUUCGACAAAGGCGGAAGGUGAACUACAAGUACAAGUAG